CUAUGGUGACCUGAUGUUGGCUGAUGGUCAGUACGGAGGAAGCCGAGGCAGGCGAUGGAAAGUGGAUUGGAACAACACACCCGCAGCCGAUACAGAUCAAACUCAAGUGUCUGCGAGGGGUCAAGGACAAACUGCCAGCUGGCCGCUACGUCCUGAUGGUGUCGCUGUACAACCGUAUGGGUGGUCACACCCUCCGCUGGUCAAAGAUGAAGGGACAGCAGUGGGGUGGGGCCUCACUCCCCAUCUUCCAUGAGGGAAACUUCCACAACGUGGAGAUGAAGAUCGACCAAAGCGUGUUCACUGUGCUGCCGUCCAAGCCGUCCCUGAGGCCCGGGAUGGCGCUGGUGUUUGAGCUGUUCCUGCUGCGGGGAUCGGUUGUACCCACUGACCGGGUCAUCUCCUGGGGUGUGUUCCCUAUCUGUGAUGGCCAGUUCGACAUCAUUGAGGGCAAGUACCAGUGUCCAUUCCUGAGAGGUGAGAUGGACCCUAACAUCGACAAACAUGAAAAGGUGGAGGAGCUUAUGGCCUCGGACCUUGAUCACUGGAUGAGCAAUCUGUAUUUUGAGAUUGUCAAACUGCCAAGGUACAUGGCGGGACAGAAGGAGUACGAGGUGGAGCUACAGUUUACAUCCGGCAUCACUGGCUACCCCGACCGCAUCCGCACCGGCUGGGAGGAGAACAAGGAUGGGGAAGAGCCAGUUCCUGGCUCCACUAGCGACAUGGCCUCCGACAGAAGCCAACGAAACUCCCAGCCAAGCCUGAUGGGAAACACUUCCAGUGACCUUGACACCACAAACCAGUCUGUGGCUGCAACAACCAAAGUGAGGCUCUCAGAGAAGGGCAAGAAGCGUGAGAUAACCCCGCCCACCACCAUCGUGUCGCGGCUGAUACAGAGGGAGGACAAGAAGACGAGGAUGGAGGACAGUGACUCCAACAGCGACGCGGAGUCAGAGGACAGUCUGUACCAUGCCAAGAAGCGGGAUGACUUCAAGCCGGUCAAGGGCAUGCCAGGAAUGUACUACAAGAGCUACCUGAACAACCCAACAGACAUGUACUACAGGAAGAUGUUUUCGCUGUUGCCGAAGACACCAAUCCUGGCGCCACGUAACAGGAAGAAGACGCUGACCCAUGUCGAGCAGCUGGAGCAGCACACCUUCCGUGUACAACCUCCGUUCAGCGGCAAGGGUCGCCUGGCUCAGAAUGGUCGUGAGAAGUUCAGCUACAUCCGCCGCCAGUUCCUUGCGGAGCUGGGUCUGUCCCAGUGGCGGAGCCGGGAGUUCUGGGGCAUGAUGCUGAUGUUCAUCCUGGUGUUCUUCCUGACGAUGACACUCCACUACGUCGGCCAGUGGCUCUUCCUCAGCGCCAUCUCCAUCCCCAUCAACAAAUUUGAGUUCCUGCCCUACACUGUGAAGCUGAACUACCAGGCCACGCUGCUGCGAGCCAGAGAGGAGAUCGCCGUGGUGUUCUUCGGGCCCCUGAUCAACAUCCUCGUCUUCUGCCUGCUGGUGGUGUUUGCCUGGAUCUGUCCGAAGAUCUUCUCCAUCUUCCCCGACCUCUGCUCCAAGUUCGUCAUCUCCUUUGGCCUCUUCACAUGCCUCGACCCUCUCUUCAUUCUAAUUGUGGACUGUUGUAUGCAGACCUACCUGAACGACAGUACUCAGCCCCUAGCUGAUGCUGCUAAACUGUACUGGCACUUCUACAGAGCCCAGGGGUCUGGCCUGGCGGGCAUCUUCAUCACUGUCUUCCUCUACAUCUUCACAAGCUUCAUGGCCGGAUCUGUCCUCUACAUGUACUUCCUCAGACUGCAUAACAAUGGUCGUAUGCUGGACAUCUUCUGGCGUCUCCAUGGUGAUGAGGAACACUUUUUCGUGCCGUAUGACCUGGAAUUAUCUAACCAGGAGCUCCACUACAUCUGUAGGAGAGCUGAGCAGUGGCGAGGGGAGGAAGGAGAGAGGCGCAAAGUGGCAGUGUAUGACUAUGUAUGGGAGGAAGAAGAUCUGGAGGAGAACAUCUGGGAUGAGAGUGGGGAGGAGGUCCGGGUGAAGACAGAGAACAGGAAAGAGAUCACCACCCAUGUUGCCAUCCACACCAUCCACCUGGACGGCCUCCGUGAGCUGUACCGACACUUCUUGCGUCUCCCUGAUGGGGCCAUUGUAGAGGUGUUUGGGGACAUAUCGAUCCCUGGUAUGGACAAGGAUGUGAAGGUGGCUCUAGAACGAGGUGCCAAGGACCUCGAGAACUUCAUGGGCUCCCAGGUGAGCCUUCACAAGGUACGAGGCCGACAGACUGUAUUCACUCGCAGUGGAUUCCAUGAGGACUCCGGAGAGGGGUCUUCACGAUCACCCAGCAGUGCAGGAUCUUAUGCUGACAGGAAGAAGAAACUAUAGACACAAAGUGACCUUCACCUCAAUGUGACCUUAGCACCCAUUAGUGUCCUUGACCUUUGGAUGACGUACAAGUUUUACCGUAUCUAAUACUCCAAAUGAUGUUAGCAUCAAUGUGCAUUAACUACAAUUUAAAUGAACAACACUCUUUUGAUACAGAGAUGACAACUAUGUAUGUAGAUGUUUAGCAAUAUGGAAGUUAAUGUGUGAUGAUCACGACUGUUAGUGAUGAAACUGUUACAGAGGAUGCCUCUCCCUGAGAAUGUUAUCAGGUCUUGUUAUACAAGUUUAAGUGUGGUACUGUAUCAGAUGGUUGGCAGAAUUACAAACAUAAGGGCUGAAUUUACCGCAAGUGGUCAUGGUAUUAGUUUGAAUUGUGUGCAGUGGAGCAGUGCAUCACAAAGGGUGUUUACAAAUGACUAUGGCUCCAUUAUUCAAGGGACAAAUUAGUCAUUACUUUGCUAAUUUAUUCUUAAUAUAAAAAUGCACAUUAUAAUAAAAAUAUAUCCUGAAAUUUCAAACAUGCGUUGCAAUGGACCAAAGUGAAGAUAAUCUUUUUAUAUUGUCUUCCAAUUGCCUGAAUUAGAUAAUUGAGUUGGGAAUGUUUUUUUUUCCAAUAAUGAACCAGUUUAAAAAGUUAUGAUUGUGCUUAGGUUUAUGUUACAAUUAAUCUAUUUUUCAUUUUCACUUGUCACACCAGAAUUAUGGGUGCAUAAUAUUCCAUUGAAUAUCAGUGUCUUGAAGUCAUGGUUAGCUGGCAAACCACCAUUGUGAAAGAUGGAAUAGUAUCAAGAAACUGUAUGACAAGUCCUGAAGUUGUUACCAAGGUAAUGAAACUUUGUUGUAACUUGUUAAUUUUGUUGUUCCUGAUGGAAACAGGAAUUACCAAUACUGUACUGUAUCAGAGUGUAUUGAUUGGUAUGGGAAAUGGAAAAUAUUGUUGAUAUCUAUUGAUACAGUCAUCCAUGUUUUUGUAUUAACAAAGUUGAAAGAAAUUGUUUCUUAUAAUGAAAAUAUUUAUGAUUCUACAAGAAUUUUACCUGUCAUUGUUAUAGUAAUGCUGCAAUAAAUUAGUUAUUACUUUUCCAUCCCCAUUGUUAACAAAAGUUUUGUUUCGAGCAUUUAAAAUAUAUAUACUUUUAAAUAAAAUAUUUCAGGCAUCUUUGAACAUCAUAUGAUGAAAAAUAUGAUUCAGAUGAAGACUGUUUGGUUUGGUUUACCACUGUAUAUGCAUUCUUUUCAGCAAGUACUUUGAAGAGCAGGUCACAAAUCUAUGCUCAUACCUACACAUAGGGACGUACUGGAGUCAGGUGUUUGUUAUGACGCAGAUGGGGAGGAAAAUAUAAUACUAAAUUUAUUACAGCUGAUUAUGUGAUAUUUUAUGUGUUUUUACAUCACUAUAUGUGUGAUUUUUAUGCCUUUAAAGACAUCUGUGAUAGCCACUUGGUGUAAUUCCACGUUAUUUUUGAAUGACGUUUGUCAUCUAUUCAUCAUUUUGUUAAUGGUUGUGGGAGUCCUUUACGUAGAACUGGACCAUGGAGCUGGGAUCAUUAUGCUCUUGACAAUAGCAAGCAAAGGGGCUUGCUUAGCUUGAUUAACCUAGAUUGUACUAAGGAUCCAGACAUAUAUUAUAUAUUGGUGAGUGAGUCAGAGGGAAUCAGGGGUGGAGUCACUGAAUGAGGAGUGAUAUAACAAGUAAUACGCAUAUUUGGGAGGGUCAUGAAUAAAUGGAUGUUAUAUGAUAUAAAGUGCUUUUGCAUUUUGUCUUGUUCGGGAGGGUCGUGAAAAUAAUAUACAAGGAUAUGGAGAGGUAAUAAAAAACAUGAACGGUAAUAGAUGAGGAUAAUUAAUUUUGGUACGUUAGUGAAUCAGAAAAUUUUGACCACCUCAACACUGUAAUAAAUGAUCGGUACUCCCUUUUUGGUAAGAUAAAGAUAGCUCUUUGCUUGUUUUUAGCAUGUAGAGAGUAUCCCCCUUUUUGUAAUAUUGACAGUAUUUGUUAACUAGAUGUUUAACACUUUCCUUUGCAAGUAUGACAUUCAGUUUACAAUGUUUUAUCUAAAUGACUUUGUUGUAUAAUUCAACAUGUUGUGUGAUGGCAUCGCUUUAUUUGAAUUUAUUUGAUUUCAUUUUGCAAUAUUUUUAUCAUUGAAAUGCUAUUUUUAUCACAUUGCAUUUUAGCUAUAAUCAAAACUACAUUUUGCUGCAUUUACCAUUAUUAAUCCACUGUGUAUGAAAUGAGGUAAUCAUGAGUCAACCCAAUGUGCCUCAGAAACAAAUCAAAAUAUAUUUUUUCUGAUAGGUGUUUAAUAAAUUAUUUAUCAUGCAAGGAAUGAUAUUGAUUAAACCAUGAUAUGACAAGUAAUUGUUGUUUGACCUAAAAUCAAAAUAUCCAAAUACAAAUUCUUUGUUAUUAGAAAACAGUCAAUUUUAAUAACAUUUUUUAAGGUUUCCAGUUAUGAAUGUCAGCCCCUUACCUGUCAUUAGGGUUCCACCAAAGUCAUACAUGUAUAUCACCUGUAUCGGUUUAGGGAUUUUAUAACAAUGAAAUAACUGACAUUCUUUCCAAAGUGUUGUCAACACUACCCACUCUGGAAAGUGCAGAAUGUUGACCUCAUAUAUACACGUUAUAUCCAAUCAGCAUUACAAGGCGUCCGUCCAGCAUUUUGUUCACUUGAGUUAUCUUUUUAUAUAUUUGUAACAAAGAUUUGUUAAAAUAUCUGUUACUGUCUUUUGCUUCUAUGUGCUGCUGGCAGCUAAUAAUAAACACUCUACAUAA